AGCUACGCUAGCGUCCGGUGAAGGUGAGAGGCGACAGUAGCUCAGAACGGGUUGACUAUCCACCGGGAGGAUGCUAGUUGGAUCCCCGGAGUGUCGAGGUGCCCCUGAGCAAGACACCUGAGCCUGACUGUUCCUGACGAGCUGGCUGUCGCCUUGCGUGGUCGACUCUGCCUUCGGUGUGUGAAUGUGUGAAUAAAUGGUUGCAAGUCACUUUGGAUGAAAGCGUCAGCAGAAUCCCCUAAAUGUAAAAUGGGAACAGAUGAACAACGUUAGCUUCCAGGUGAAUGUGAAGGUACAGGUGAUCUCCAGGUGAGCUGCAUUAGCAUCAGGUGAAUGUGAAGGUCCAGGUGAUCUCCAGGUGAGCUGCAUCAGCAUCAGGUGAAUGUGAAGGUACAGGUGAUCUCCAGGUGAGCUGCAUCGGCAUCAGGUGAAUGUGAAGGUACAGGUGAUCUCCAGGUGAGCUGCAUUAGCAUCAGGUGAAUGUGAAGGUACAGCCUCCGGACUUCAACAUGGGAGCUGCGUGGAGGAGCUGUCCCCUGCUGGGGCUUCUGCUGCUACUGACGGUGCAUGCCGCCCCCCAGGGCUACGGAGGGGAUGCAGAUAAAGGAGAACUACGGGACGACAUUCCAGAGAUCAACAGAGAUCUCGAUCACCUGUUCCAGGGAGACAUUGCCGGGGAUCCCCGGAGGAACGCCAUCCUGAACGAGACGAUGCGCUGGACCUUCCCCAUCCCCUACAUCCUAACCGACUCCCUCGACCUGAACGCCAAGGGGGUGAUCCUGCAGGCCAUGGAGGCCUACCGCCUCAAGUCCUGCGUGGACUUCAAACCCUACGAAGGAGAAGCCUCAUACCUGUCCUUCACCAAGCUGUCCGGGUGCUGGUCCUUCGUGGGGGACCUGAAGGAGGGCCACGGCCAGGGCCAGAACGUGUCCAUCGGGGCUGGCUGCGACACGCGCGCCAUCGUGGAGCACGAGCUGCUGCACGCGUUGGGCUUCUACCACGAGCAGUCCCGCGCCGACCGGGACAACUACGUCCACAUCUGGUGGGACCAGAUCCUGGAAGGGAAGGAGCACAACUUCAACAAGUACGAGGACGACUUCAUCACGGACCUGAACACGGCGUACGACUACGAGUCCAUCAUGCACUACCGGCCCUUCUCCUUCAACAAGGACCCCUUGGUGCCCACCAUCACCACCGCCAUCCCUGCCUUCAACGCCCUCAUCGGCCAGCGCCUCGACUUCAGCGCCACCGACCUCACCCGGCUCAACCGCAUGUACGACUGUGCCCAGAGCCUGACCCUACUGGACCAGUGCUCCUUCGAGCUCAUCAACAUCUGUGGGAUGAUCCAGAACCAGAAGGACCACGCAGACUGGAUCCAGACCCUCAGCACCCCUGGCCAGCCCGACCACACCCUGCUGGGCCGCUGCCGAGACGCGGGGUACUUCAUGGGCUUCGACGUGGCGGGGGUCCCGGCGGGGGCCAGCGCCCUGCUGGAGUCCCGGGUCCUGCACCCGCGCCGGGACCAGCAGUGCCUCCAGUUCUUCUACCGGACCGGCCUCACGCCGGGGGGCCGGCUGGUGGUCUGGGUCCGCACGGACGACGGCACCGGGGCGGUCCGCAGGGUCCGCAAGAUACACACCAUCACAGGUGACGGGUCGGGCCGCUGGCACCUGGCCCAUGUGACUCUGCGGCAGACGGAGAAGUUCCGCUACUUCUUCCAGGGCGUGCGGGGCUCCGCCUCCUCCACGGGCGCCAUCUCGCUCGAUGACAUCACGCUCAGCGAGACCGUCUGCCCGAGCGCCGUCUGGCAGAUCUCCAACUUCUCGCUGGUGGGCGUGGCCCCGGGCACGGCCCUCACCAGCCGCUGCUACUCCAGCCCCGAGGGCUACUCCUUCGGGCUCCGCCUCUACCCCCGGGGCUUUGAGCCCUCCUCCCGGGACCACCUGGCCCUGACCGUCCACCUGUGCUCCGGGCCGGACGACGCGGUGAUGGAGUGGCCGGCGCUGCACCGGCAGGUGACCGUCACGGUGCUGGACCAGGACGCCGACGCCACGCGCACCAUGUCCUCCAGCCGAAGCUUCACCACCGACGCAGCGGGGCCCUGGGAGAGACCCACCGCGACCUCCUCGGCCACCUGGGACCCCAGCUGCAGCUGUUACCGCGGCAAAGACUUUGGCUGGCCCACCUUCAUGUCCCACGAUCAGCUUGGGAGGCGGAGCUUCCUGAAGAACGAUGACCUCAUCAUCACCGCCGACUUCAACGACCUGACCCACCUCCUCCGUACCGAGGAGAGGCCAGCGGCGCGUGCUGAUGACGUCACAGACCCUGGUGACAUCACAGGGGCGGAGCCAGCCAGAGGGCAGGACGGGGGGCGGGCCCGGGAGCGGCGUGCGGCCAGCGGGGACCCCUGCUCCCCCAACCCCUGCCUCCACGGAGGGGUGUGUGUCAACACACACGGCGCCGCAAGCUGCAGGUGUGCAUCUGGUCGUGCCACUUUCUACACUGGCGAGACGUGUCACAUGAUGCGUUACCAUGGCGACGUACUGGGGGCUGUGAUCGGUGGCGUGGGGGGCAUCGUCGUCAUGACGACCUCCAUCCUGGCCGUGCUCAGGAGGCGUCGGCCCGGCGGUCACUGAGAGUGUCACGUUCUCCCAGCAUGCAACACGCCGGAGACGUGUUGUGACGUUAAGAGGCAUGUGUGAAUAUUUAGGAGUUACAUUAAUUUAACAAUGUAAUCGUUGGCUUAGCUCAGGAGGUGGAGCAGUUGUCUUGUAAUCUAAAGGUUCCUAGUUCGAUCCCCAGCUCCUCCUAGCUGAGUGUUGAUGUGUCCCUGAGCAAACACUCGCCUUGCAUGCUUGACUCAGUGUGUCAUUGUGUGUAUAAACCGAUGUAAGUCGCUUUGGAUAAAAGCGCCUGCUAAUUGUUAUUGUAAUAAUAUUUAUAAAACAAUGUUAUAAUGUUAUAAUAACAAUCUAAUUAUAUUAAUAUAACAAUGUAAGAAUAAUAAUAUAACGUAUAAUAAUAUUAAUAUAAUGAUACGCUCUACGGGUCAUUGUUGUCCAGCUUGCUGCCCCUCCUCCUUUAACCUCUGAGCCUUGAUACCCCAGCUUUAACCUCUGAGCCUUGAUACCCCAGCUUUAACCUCUGAGCCUUGAUACCCCAGCUUUAACCUCUGAUCCUUGAUACCCCAGCUUUAACCUCUGAGCCUUGAUACCCCAGCUUUAACCUCUGAGCCUUGAUACCCCAGCUUUAACCUCUGAUCCUUGAUACCCCAGCUUUAACCUCUGAUCCUUGAUACCCCAGCUUUAACCUCUGAUCCUUGAUACCCCAGCUUUAACCUCUGAUCCUUGAUACCCCAGCUUUAACCUCUGAUCCUUGAUACCCCAGCUUUAACCUCUGAGCCUUGAUACCCCAGCUUUAACCUCUGAUCCUUGAUACCACAGCUUUAACCUCUGAGCCUUGAUACCCCAGCUUUAACCUCUGAGCCUUGAUACCCCAGCUUUAACCUCUGAGCCUUGAUACCCCAGCUUUAACCUCUGAGCCUUGAUACCCCAGCUUUAACCUCUGAGCCUUGAUACCCCAGCUUUAACCUCUGAGCCUUGAUACCCCAGCUUUAACCUCUGAUCCUUGAUACCCCAGCUUUAACCUCUGAUCCUUGAUACCCCAGCUUUAACCUCUGAGCCUUGAUACCCCAGCUUUAACCUCUGAGCCUUGAUACCCCAGCUUUAACCUCUGAGCCUUGAUACCCCAGCUUUAACCUCUGAGCCUUGAUACCCCAGAUUUAACCUCUGAGCCUUGAUACCCCAGCUUUAACCUCUGCUUUAAUUUCUGCCUUUGUAAACUA